UCUUUCACUGGAGCCCUGGCCUCUUCUAUUUCUCUUCAUUUUCUUCCUCCUCCCUUUCAAUUAAAUCUCUGUCAUUGAUUCUAGAGCUUUUGGCUUUGUUUGCAACUGCACAAGCUGGCUAUCGAGAAUCAUCCUCAGAUUGGAACCAAACAAAAGAAGGUCAUGGUUGGUCAAAUGGUGAAUAGAAUGAAUAACAAUGAAGAUUUUGGUCCGCCAUGGCUGAAGCCUCUUUUGAGGGCAAGCUUCUUCAUCCCCUGUGAAGUCCAUGGCGACUCGAGCAAGAGCGAAUGCAAUAUGUACUGCUUGGAUUGUACGGGGAGCGCGCUCUGCUCUUAUUGCCUCUCUCGCCACAAAGAUCAUCACGUUGUUCAGAUACGUAGAUCGUCGUAUCAUAAUGUGAUCAGGGUUUCUGAAGUGUCGAAAUUUAUAGACAUUUCCUGUGUUCAGACCUACAUUAUCAACAGUGCUAAGAUUGUGUUCCUCAAUGAGAGGCCGCAGCCGAGGCCUGGAAAGGGGGUUACAAACACCUGCGAGAUUUGCUGCAGGAGUCUGCUUGAUUCAUUCAGAUUCUGCUCUCUUGGAUGCAAGCUUGGAGGAAUGAAGAGAGGGGACCCUGACCUCACAUUUGCUCUGCGCCCAAAACUCGGUAGGGAUUCGCUUAACGGGUCUGAAUCCGACGAGUCCUCAACGCCGACAAAGCUGCGAAAAACUGCAGCAUUCAACAGGACUCUUGAAUUGCCCUCUCAUGGAGGAGGGAAAUGGUCAGAAGAUGAUGUUGGCAAUGCUAGCAGCAGCAUUUCUCCGGCGACUCCACCGAUCAUCAGCUUUCGGACUUCCAGAAGAAAGGGUAUACCCCAUAGAUCACCUCCUUUCUAAGAUUUGCCAAAAAAAAAAGAAAAAAAGGGAAAAUCUAUAAAGAAGUUUCUAAAGUAUGUAAAAAAGAUUUAAAAAAAGAAGGUAUGAACACAGUGAAUAAAUGUGGAAAGCUACAUCCACCACCCUUAUAUGAAAUAGAAAGGUAAAAAGUAGGAACAAGUGGUAGAUACAUAGAAUGAAGAUAAAGGAAACCAUAGCUAGCUCUUUUUUACAUGUUUGUUGUGAAAUCAUAUCUACUUUGGUAAUGUUUCCAUGCAUAGUACUAGUGUGCUAGGUUAAUGGAUUGUAUUUUGUCUUCCAUAUAUAUUCUUUUAUUUUUAGAACUUGUAUUGUACAUAAUGUUGUGGCAGUUGUGUGUAAAUGGAAAGAGUUGAGAUAUAAAAGCAAUC